AUGUCCCAGAACUUGUACAAUCCCGGCGGAUUCCGAAGCGUGUCCAACUGGAUGGACAAGAAGUUCGACAUGCAUGAGAAUGGAUGGGUGCGAUCAUCGAUUCAUGCCGCCUGGCAUGGAGGUGCUGGGGUGGCCGCUUCUGUGAAUGCAUGGACCAAGUCGGACGGCCUACUCAACCCUGGGGACCAGUCGCAGGCCAAGCGAGAAUUCUCAAGAGCCAAAGAGCAGUGGGAUCGCGUGGACAACAACAAGUUUGGCAAGACCAAGAACUAG